GUGCGCCGGAGCAGUGCGUCACAGCGACCCAGGCGAGCCAGGAUCCCCCGACACAGAGCCCGAUAUCUAACCUACCACUGCGAGACGAAAAUAGCUUUUCUAAGAGAACACGACUGCAUCAGUCAGGAUCUUAUUCCACAUGUUCCUCUCUUAGAUUUGGCUGUCAUUUUUUCUACUUUUUUUUAUUCUAUUAUUUCUCGUUGUUUGUUUGCGACGAUACAGCGAGGACUGAGAAGAUCCUGAGCAACAGCUGGGGGGAAUAUAUAAACUCUUAUGGAUACGGAAUCGCUCCCAACUGCAGCAGCUGUACUCAGAGUUUGAUCUCAGACGUUGCUCCGUGCGUAAAAAAGAAAAUAAAAAAAAAGAAGAAGAGAGAGAAAAUGAAAUCUGCUGAAGAGGAUGCAUAUGGCUACACGCCAAAUGUCAGUCUAUCCCUCCCACUGGGCAACCCUUGUCUUCCCUCCCAGUACCACAGCCUCCAGUCCAGCCCGACUAUAUCCGUCUCCGUCACCGAGCCCCACAGUUAUGACGCCCAGGAUGACAUGAGAGUGACCGGCUACUAUUCAUCUUCGAGCAUCCGCCCAAACGGAGCCCCGACCCUGGAGAGCCCUCGUAUCGAGAUCACAGCCUACGGUCAGUUUCCUGAGGAUGAGGUGGAGGAGAACAACCUUCCUGUGGCCAAGCGAGUCAACUCCAUAGUGACGCUGACCCUCCCUAGUGCAGAUGGUUACCGUGACCCCAGCUGCCUGAGUCCGGCCAGCAGCGUCUCAUCUCGCAGCUGCCACUCCGAGGCCUCCUCCUAUGAAUCGGGCUUCUCCUACAACUACGACAACUCGCCCCAGAACUCCCCCUGGCAGUCGCCUUCUGUGUCCCCCAAGGGCUCCACCCUCACCCUGCCAGGUGAUGGCUGCCCCUCAGGUGGCUCCCCUCGCCACUCCCCGUCCACCUCCCCUCGCACAAGUGUUACAGACGACAACUGGAUUGGUCAGCGUGGCUCCAGGCCUAACUCCCCUUGUGGUGCGAAGAGGAAGUACAGCUUCAACGGCAGCGGGGCGCCGCAUAAGCACUUCCCAUACUCGCCCAACCACUCCCCUGGACCGUCCCCGCAGACCUCCCCUCGCCUCAGUGUCACCGAGGAGACCUGGCUGCCAAACACUAACCAGUACACCAACUCAGCCAUCCUGGCAGCCAUUAACGCCUUGACCACAGACGGAGUGGCUGACCUUGGGGAGGGAAUUCCCAUGAAGGCCCGGAAAACCAGCCAGGAGCACAACGCCACAGUGAGCCUGAAGGUGGAGCCUGGAGGUGAGGAGCUGAGUCCAGGGGACCUCUGUCUGGACGAGCACCCCGCAAACCGCCUGCCGUUGAAGAAGGAGGGCUACUGUGGAGGGUUUCUGGACGUGCCACAACACCCGUACUCCUGGUCCAAGCCGAAGCAAUAUGUCAGCCCAUCCCUGCCAGCUCUCGACUGGCAGCUGCCGUCCAGCUCGGGCCCGUACAGCCUGCAGAUCGACGUGCAGCCCAAGUCGCACCACCGAGCCCACUACGAGACGGAGGGAAGCAGGGGAGCGGUGAAGGCCCUGGCUGGAGGACACCCAGUCGUUCAGCUUCACGGCUACAUGGAGAGCGAGCCUCUGACCCUGCAGCUGUUCAUUGGCACAGCUGACGACAGGCUGCUGAGGCCCCACGCCUUCUACCAGGUCCACCGUAUCACCGGGAAGACGGUGUCCACCCCGAGCCACGAGGCUCUGCACAACAACACCAAGGUCCUGGAGAUCCCACUGCUGCCAGAGAACAACAUGCGGGCCAUGAUCGACUGCGCCGGGAUCUUGAAGCUGCGCAACUCGGACAUCGAGCUGAGGAAGGGGGAGACUGACAUCGGGCGUAAGAACACACGCGUGCGGAUGGUUUUCCGGGUUCACAUCAAUCAGCCGACGGGGAGAACGGUGUCCUUGCAGGCUGCAUCCAACCCCAUCGAGUGCUCCCAGAGAUCGGCCCAGGAGCUGCCGUUGGUGGAUAAGCAGAGCUUGGAGACGUGUCCCGCCCCCGGAGGGGAGAGGAUGCUCCUCGACGGACACAACUUCCAGCACGACUCCAAGGUGGUGUUCGUGGAAAAGGCUCAAGAUGGUCACCACCUCUGGGAGACCGAGGCCAAGGUCGAUAGAGACGCCUCAAAGUCUAAUUCGCUGCUCGUCGAGAUUCCUCCCUAUCGAAACCAAAGACUCUCCACGCCGGUCCACGUGAACUUCUACGUCUGCAACGGCAAGAGGAAAAGAAGCCAGUACCAGCGCUUCACCUACGUCCCUGCCAGCGUUCCAACAAUAAAGACGGAGCCACAUGACGACUACGACGCCCCGCUGGUGUGCAGCCAGCACGGCCCCGGCCUGUCCUUGCACCCAAAGCCAUACUUCCCCCCUCAGGUCAUGACCCCGGGUUUGACUUCUGACCUCAGGCCGUGUGUGGUGGGCGGAGCUUACUCCGUAAGCCAGCAAAGAUUGGCAGCCAAACCCUCCUCGCUGCCCGCCUCGUCCUCUCCGAGCACAAGCCCCAAACUCCAUGACCUGUCGCCGUCGCCCUUCUCCAAGUGCCUUCCGGCCGGCCCACCGGUCCACCACCCGGGCCAGCAGCCGCACAUCUCCAUCAUCCAGGAGACACCCGGGCGCUACCAGCCGCCUAACCUCUACCCACCAAGCAGCUCAUCCUCCUCCCCGACCUCGCAGCCAUCCACCCCGACUGACGCCCCUUUCUCUCCGACCCACUGCAUGACACCAGGCAGCACCAGCCCAGGAGCUCAGCAGCAGCAGCAGCAGCAGCAGCAGCCCAAGGUGCCCGAGAGGGGGCGGGCCUCCCUUCAGGAGGACGGCAGCCCACCGGCUCUUGCUGUCAGCAUCAAACAAGAGCCACAGGAGCUGGACCAGAUGUACCUUGAUGAUGUCAACGAGAUCAUCAGGAACGACCUGUCAAGCAUCUCCGUCCACAGCCACGCGUAGUUUCCCGUCACCACCAAAACUGACACAGGAAACAAAGAAUUUAAAGGGAGACACCAAAACAAAACAAAAAUUUGACUUUGUGCUUUUCAUGCUCGGACUACAGCAUGCAGGAAGCAGGAAAAAGGAAAUGCAAGGAGAACAAAUGUAAAUGUAUUGUCCAGAUGACCAGGGUCCAAUGUGUGCCUUGUUUUUUUUCAUAUAAAAUGCCUUUUACACAGAAAUUAUCCAAGGAAUGCAUCACAUGACUGACUUUUUUUAAGACAUGUAAAUCGAGUAUGUAGCAACCAAACCUGCCACCGUCCCCGUCCCCCCCAACCAAAGUAUGCUUUUAGAGGACCAAAAAAUUGUUUUAUAUGUCGUUUCUUUGCUGCAGUUUGUAAAUGAUUCAGUGCCUAUGAGUUAUGUAAUUUGUAUAUACAGCAUCUGUAGUGCUUCAGUUUGCAUAUCUGGCUUUACAGAGAGAGAGACAGAGACAGUUUAGGAGAGAAGUGCCUUUUGUUUUUGUUUUGUUUUUUGACUGGAAACUGAAAAAAAAAAAAAAAUGUGGCCUGUGUUUGGCUUCACACGUUCAACAACUUCCAAAUUUAAAAUGAAAAGAUUUUUCUAAAGUGACAUAAUGCUGAGUAAGUGGCAUCUGUGGCCACAUUAUGUGGCAAUUAUGGGAUUAAUGCUGAAUGCUAAAUGAUGUGUUGUGUCUAUUAAAAGUUUAGCCACCAAAAGCUGCCGGUCAUACCGGACCAGGUAAGGCUUUAGCAACAAAGCACUUAAGUGUAUUAAAUAAUCUUUGAAUCAUAUGUCUGUUUGGGCAUUUAUUUUUGGUUUAAUUAAGAUGACUCAAAUUGAAUACAUUUUCUGUAUUCACAACCAACAUUUAACCACUAAACCUUCGAUACAAAGUCACGUAAAGUCAUGCAAAAAAACGGUAAAACUUUCCAGAUGUCACUUUCCUCACCUGGAGUUCUUAUGUCUUUAAGCGCUCUUCCAAUACAGAAAACUGUGCGUGGUCACAGAAUAAAUGAGUAAUACUAAUAAUAAAAAAAAAACUGCAUACUGACUUUAAAAUAACAUGAACUUUGGAGUCAACUGUUGGCUACAGGUUUGUUUUUUUCUUUUUCUCUUUGUUUUUUUUUUCUACGAAGAAGAAAUCAUCUCAGUUUUGACAAAGCUUGACUUUUAUUAUUAUUACCUGGAAGCUAUGCAACACGCAGGUAACAUUUAGUCUCUCGAAGAAUGUAAACGCUCACCGCUGUAACCGAGGAAGAAGCCAAAGAAUACUUAACGACGGUGAACAGCAACACAAAUAUAUAAAAUUCUUUAAUGUUUUUUUUUUGUUUUUUUUGUAUUUUCAUAUUUAUUCUCUCAGCAUGUGCUCCGUUUAGUCAUGUUUAUCAUACAGCUUCUUUUACAUGCUUUUUACCUACAUACUGUGGUUUAUCUACUAAUUUGUUUUUGUUUUUUUGCGCUCUUAUAGCAACAAAAAACUGAAUGGGCUUACACCCUUGUUCCCACUUUUAUAUGUAUUUAUGAGUCUUAAUCCUUGUAACUGAAGGGCAUGAAUGAAGCCAUACUGAAAUGUUUACCAAGGAGGUUAUUGUUAGUCUACAACUCAUAAUUCUGCUUUGUGAUCUAUUUUGUGUAUUUGUCAAUAAAUAAGCCUUCAUCUCUUU